CACCAAAAUAUAAAAUGAUUGGCCAGCCAAUUUAAGUAAUCUUAGUUAUAGUACGAAGACAAACUGUAUAUUGUUCCAAUUUGACAUGGUUAUGUUGCGUGGUGGUUGAGGUGUUCAUUACGACACAUGUGACAUUUUAGACUUUAACAUUAAAUGCAAAAGAUACCACAACGUGUGCUAUUAUUAGUUUCUGAUUAACCCGUGAGAACUUAAGGUGGUAUAUUUUUGGCAGGAGUAUUUAGUACUUUGAAAUAUGUUUUGAUGUUUGAUAGCGGGCGCUAAUUUGAGUAAAUUACAUUAGAUCUCAUGGAUCAAGGCUAUAUUACUCCUAUGGAUGUGAUGAACCAGAAGUACGAGCGACGAAUCAGACGACCUAUGAACGCUUUCAUGGUUUGGGCCAGAAAUGAAAGGAAGAAAUUAGCCGGAGAAAAUCCAGAUAUUCAUAACGCAGAUCUGAGCAAAAUUCUUGGCAAGAAAUGGAAGGUGAUGACCAAGGACGAGAAACGACCGUUCAUUGAUGAAGCUGAAUGGUUACGUCUACAACACAUGCAGAAAUACCCCAAUUAUAAAUACAAACCUAGACGGAAGAAAGUUCCUAAAAGAAUUUGCCAGAUAGCACCGUAUAAUAACAACUCGAUAGAAUCAAAUCGCAAGUGGGUUUAUAAUGGCUACAACACUAUCAACGUAAUCGACUCAUACCCUAAAAACCAAAAACUACCUGAAAACACCGUCUGUCCACCAUUACCGCCCAUCGUCAACGCCAAAAGUCAUGACAGCUCAGCCACUGUUUCGAAUUCUGGAACCCCAUGUCAUUACUCGACUACUGACACAAUCGCCCCCGUCUCGGUGAUUGGAAACGGACUUCGGUCAUCUGACGCUUCUCAUACUCAAGUGAGUGAAAGUGGAUUUCAGUAUGGAACUACCCAAUGUUCUACCAUCAUUCAGGCAUUUUCUACCAAAGAUGCCUUCACCUACACGAACAGCAGUGACAAAACACACCUGAUACACGAAAGUGUUAAUUUAAUUGAAAAUCUCCCUAAACUUUUCUGCUACGAUGCCAGUAAUAUGAUAAGUGCUUCUUUACGACUUGCCGGUAAUGCUUACAUAGUCGAUCAGCAUGAUCUGAAAACUGAGUUUAAAGAGGAUCAAUUACUUAAUCAUCAUCUAAAACCGCCCUAUAUACCAACAACUCAAAAACUAAGCCAAACUAAGUGUAUGAAUACACAACUGUUUCCCAGAGAGGAAUAUUUAAACGAUUUCGCGGCCGUAGAAAAACUAACGGAUGUGGAUCGAAAUGAAUUUGACCAAUAUCUUCACGAUUUUCCAUAA